AUUCCCGGAGAAAAUACGGUUCCGUAGCCUCACGGGACACGGACUCCCCGAGGCCGCGACGCAGCCGCCUCUCGCCGCUGGGCCCCACAUCCUCCGGUUCCGUAGCCUCACGGGACUCUUCCUCCGCUGUCUCCGCCUGACCGCCUCCCCCUCCCCGUGUAUAAAGGAGGAGGGAAACCCUCCCUCCCCAAUUCCCAAUCAUCCCCUCUGCGAAAUUCUCCGCCCGAUCGAAGCGAAGCCCAAGGAGCCUAGCCCCCAUCCUCUCAAGAUGCAGAUCUUCGUUAAGACCCUCACUGGCAAGACCAUCACCCUCGAGGUUGAGUCCUCGGACACCAUUGACAAUGUCAAGGCUAAGAUCCAGGACAAGGAAGGCAUCCCCCCGGAUCAGCAGAGGCUCAUCUUUGCUGGAAAGCAGCUCGAGGAUGGUCGCACUCUUGCAGACUACAACAUCCAGAAGGAGUCCACCCUCCACUUGGUGCUCAGGCUCAGGGGAGGCAUGCAGAUCUUCGUCAAGACCCUCACUGGCAAGACCAUCACGCUUGAGGUCGAGUCUUCUGACACCAUUGACAAUGUGAAGGCCAAGAUCCAGGACAAGGAGGGCAUCCCCCCAGACCAGCAGCGUCUGAUCUUUGCUGGCAAGCAGCUGGAGGAUGGCCGCACCCUUGCUGACUACAACAUCCAAAAGGAGUCCACUCUUCACUUGGUGCUCCGUCUGCGUGGUGGUAUGCAGAUUUUUGUGAAGACCCUGACUGGCAAGACUAUCACCCUUGAGGUUGAGUCCUCAGACACGAUUGACAAUGUGAAAGCAAAGAUCCAGGACAAGGAGGGCAUCCCCCCUGACCAGCAGCGUCUCAUCUUUGCCGGCAAGCAGCUUGAGGAUGGCCGCACCCUUGCUGACUACAACAUUCAGAAGGAAUCCACCCUUCACCUUGUGCUCAGGCUCAGGGGUGGUAUGCAGAUCUUUGUGAAGACCCUCACCGGCAAAACCAUUACCCUGGAAGUUGAGUCAUCUGACACUAUCGACAACGUGAAGGCGAAGAUCCAGGACAAGGAGGGAAUCCCCCCGGACCAGCAGCGUCUGAUUUUUGCUGGCAAGCAGCUGGAGGAUGGGCGCACCCUGGCGGACUACAACAUCCAGAAGGAGUCCACCCUCCACCUUGUGCUCCGCCUCCGUGGUGGCCAGUAAGUUCUGAGGGCCAUGGAGCUGCUGUUAUCCCUGGGUUCACAAGUCUGGUGCUUCCUUUGUCUCUCGAAUGGAGGGGUUGUCUCUGUGUACCGUGGUCUGUCCUGGUCUUGUGGUGCGGGUGUCUUCGCCUGUCCUGAUGGAAGUCCUAUGUCGUCUGGUUGUGUCUGAACAUUUGCUGCUGUGCAGCAUGCUACUUGUUUGAAUUGUGAUGAAUAAGUGAACCCUGAACUUCGUGUGACAUUCUGUUUGCUCAUGGUUUCUGGAAAUGUUUUGUUAUUGUA